CACUUGGUGCCGGGCUUCUCUUUUCAGACGUUUCCUGCUGUUCCAGGGUUAAAGCGGGAGGUCCGCUCACGCUGCGGGGAGCCGGGUGCUCCGUGGUAGGAGAGUGGGAGAUUAAACGCGAGAAAGUUGGGCUGGGGUCGCAGGUAGGUGUGCUUUUAAAGCGCUGUCCCUACGUAAUCAGUCCUGCAAAGGAGGGAGGCAAGGGCACUGUUCUAUGGAAGAUGAAGAGCUGAGGCAAUCCACUGUAAGUCCAGGCAAAUUCAACCUGCCAUAAGGUACCAUUUCCCGAAUGCAUGUGGAUGCACAUUUCUAUCGCUGUUCUUUUUUUGUACCACUCGGAAAACAGUGUAUCAAUCAUCCUCCGUUAUGUAGGGUAGCACUUGGGCUGAUGAUUUUCGUUUCUACAUGAGGCAAUUCCUUUGCCACUCCAUCGUCAUUUUAACAUGUGAACGUAUAGCAGAAACAGAGGCAGCUUUGUUUGCAAUCUAUGAUUGCUCUCAUGCAUGCUUUUUAUUGUGAAUAAGGGGCCCCUCGUGUCACUGGCAUCUGUUACGACUGUAAGGGAAGAAAUGAGAUGUCUGCGUUACAAAGCGGUGAGUUAUGAAGUUUUUGGAGACGAGGCAUCCCUUCUGUAACAAUCCCUUCUGUCUGUUAACUCAAUGUGACCAGAAGAGGUUUUCUGGGAGAGGGUUAUGGUAGUACAGGAAUGGGACUGGAAUGGCUCAGCUGCAGUUUUACAGGAUACUGAAAGCAGAAGACUUCAGCCCUUUAACCCACAGUCUGCUCCUUUGCUCACCUCUUGGCAUUCCUGUUGUUGGAGUGUUUCUAGUACUCAUUUCUCCUUCCAGCUGCUCCUGUUGGAGUGCAGGCUGUUUUAGCCAAGGUGCCUGGCAUUGCAGUCGAAUGAUGCUCUGCUGGUAAAAUCUGGGCCCACAGAUGCCAGAGUGGUAGCCAGGCAAUGCUGACCACUCAGGAAGUUGGGCUGAAACUUCACCUGCUCCUUGUUGUCCCUUAUCUGACUGGAAGUUCUUUCUUUAGGUGUAGGUGCAGAUACUCCUCGUUUCUGUUCUUGAACAUCUUUGACUUGGGUUUUUCAGUACAAACCAGUACAUCAGGUAGGAAUGGUGUCCACGUCUGAUUUAUUUGGAGGAACAGAGAAGCUCAGGUAAUAUCACUGACACUGUACCCAGUGUGAUGUGUACUCCUGAUUUCAAGACCAUAAAACACCUCCAUGCCUUCUGUACAGCUCAUUGCUGUCUGUCUCUUUGCAGACAUGAUAACUUGCAAGCAUUUGAGAUCUGAAUUUCAGAAGCUCUGGAUAUCUCCACAUGUACUGACAGAGGUGUCUAUAUUGCCUCAACCUGAGCGUUCAAAAAAUAAUAUAGAAAAGACAGGCCUUUUAUUUUUAUUUUUUUACUUUUUAUUUUUUACAGUCUUUCUGGCUGUAAAAUGGGGAUAAAACAUUUUGCUUCCUACUUUUGCAGGAUGUGUUUCUACUCUGCUUGUAAGAAGAUAAAUUCUUUUAAAAACUUCUUGCAGUGUACAGGUUACCACCUUGCUGAAUUAUUUUCCUUACAGGGAUGCAGUAGCUAAGUUAUUCUCAUCUUAGCAGCCUGCUUAUAUUAGCAAUGUUUGUGCUGAUGUAACAUUGCCAGUAUAGAUAAACUUUCAUGUAUUACUCAAAACCAGGCCAAAUCAUUUUUUUUGUUUAUGUGUUCUUCAGCCACUACUUUUUGUUCUGAAAUUUUAGAGAAAGAAUCAAAUUGUAUAUAGCAUUUGAAGGGGAAACCCCACACCUUUUUGCUGAUUUUGAAACUGAGCAGUGUUGAACACAAAUAUUUCUCUGAAAGGGUCUGUAAUGCAAACUGACCUGGGCAGCCCAAGCCUGGAUAUCAUAAAACUAACACCUCUUUUCCUUCUGCAGGCAUCAAAUGUGAAUGUUUGAAAAUAUAGCAAGAGCAUAUGGGCUAGAAAUGUUUGUUAAGAUGGCUUCCAAUUUCCAUGAGCAUUCAAUUCAGAAGCCAGUUGGGCCACUCAUUACUACUCUAUAAAGUUACAGCACCUAAAGAUGGAUAUGAUGGAAAGCAACAAGACAAAACUGAUUCUGAGACCAUCCUACUCCUCAGUCUCAGUGUUUUCCCUGUGCCUCAGAAUCAUGAAAUCUUGGAAUAAGUUUUCUUUGGGCAGUUACAAUCAUGUGAUUCAGUUUUAGUUUACCAAUUCUUGAGUUGGAGGGGAUGGGUUCGUACUCUGGAUUUAAAGAAAAUACAGUUUGCCAAUAUACAAAUGUAUGUGCUCUUUAGCAUUGGUGAAAAUCAGUUAGAGAUUUGGCUGAAUUUGUUUGCUGUUGGAACAUUUGGUCUUAAAAAUAUUUUCCAUUUCUGACAAUUUUUUUGUUUUUCCAUUGUGAAAAUUUAUGUCCUAGCAUCUUUAUGGACUGAGAAAUACAGAGGAAGGUUGAAUUUGGCUUGCAGAAUCUACUUAGUUGCUUGGGAUCUUUAGUAUUACUCAAUCUGUCAUAGUUAACUGUGCAGUAUGAUACUCUGUUAUUUUCCUUCCUGAGGCCCAGUUUUUGUUCUCCUUGCACUACCACUCUGUUGGAGAACUAAAGCAGUCUGACGUUAAUGCAGUGCUAGCUUAUGCACAAGAAGCCAUAAGGAAGAUAAGAUAUUACAGCAGCUGACCUUCCUCUUCUUUCAGUGAUCCCUUCCCUCUGCCAUCUCCUUAACCUGCUCUCUGACUGCAGAGUUUGGCCUGUCCUGGCAAUGGAUGGUGCCAUGAAGUUGGUUCUCUCCUUUAUUCACCUAAUGACUGUGGGGUCUUCUGUGUGAAUCAGAACUUUAGUCCAUUUAUUUCUAACCACAGUUAGGCAAGUGGCAUUGCUUCUAGCCAGUGGAUUUUUAAAAUGAGAGAUGAAUCUCCAGGAGCUGUGUGACUUGGGGAAAUCUCUCAUUAGGCAUCAUAAACUCCCCUGAGAGAUUUCAUGCCAUUCUUUGUGGAGUGUGGUCAUUGGAGAGUUAUUUCCAACCUUUCUUUGAGUUUUUUUGGGUGUUGCAAGUGGAAAAUGAGACUUCUGGUGGGAAGUGGGUAUUGUGCAAGCUGGUCAGGAGAGCCCUGCUACUAAUGGUGCAGCAGCACCCAUAUAUGCCGAGGGUUUUGGAAUGGUUGGUUUAAAGCAAAAAUGUCAAUAGGCAUCUGUGGCCCAUAAAUACAUAUAAGGGAGAGAGUAGGCAGAUUCAGACAGGUAAAUUAGUCUUGGUAUAUAAUGUAUCCUAUUGCAUUUUCCCAAUCUGAUAGAAUAGCUGAUCUGUACAUGGUCAUACAAGGUUCUGAGUGCUGCCUACCAGAGUCAUGGAAAUUGAAUCGAAGACUCUUGCUGUUUUGUGGGGAACUUGUAUAUUACCUGUACCUCUCAUUAAAGAGGCAAGUAGGGGAGAGUUGAUGCAUUCUCAAAUAUGUUUUAUAUUUUAAUGCAAAUUUAUGAUUCAUGCAAAUUACAAUUUAUUUAGAAUUCCCUGAAAUAAUUCUGCUUUUCCAUGGUGUUAGGGAUAUGCAAACCCUUGUUGCACCGAUACUUUCUGCUGUAAAUCCCAGUGCAAUGACUUGGAGUAAAGCUUAAGGAAGCACCUUUUAACUUUCUACUUCAUGCCUUUCCACUUCAUGCCUUCAAACUCAUUGCUACAUAUGGCAGAUGCCUGCCUUAUUUUUAGCUAUUUGAGGACAAAAUAGAAAAAGUGACUCCCCAUGAUUUGUCAUCAUGGCUGAUCUCCAUUAAAUUAAACAUAGGGAUUGGCAGAGAAACAAAAACAGCAGGAAAGCUGCUUCUGUUUGUUUUUAAAAAAGCUUUUCUAAAGUACUAAAAUAAUACUGUAAAAAGUAUUCGCUGCUAUGUACAGAGACCCCUGGGAGGAGAAAUACUUGCUGAACAGUUUAUCCUGUUCGGGAUAAGGAAAUUGAGAUCUGACAAGAUUGGUAAAACAAGUUCCCUGGAAGUCAGUUGAAGAGGAGAGAUUAAAAAGCAAAUGAGGUCCUAGCCUGUACUCAGGCCAUUAGGCUGUGUGUAUGUGUUCAAGGUUGGGAGGAGAAUGCAUAUUUUGGUGGCUUACUUGACUGAAAAUUUUAAGAUGGGCUCUUAAAGCAAGAGCAUCUUCUAUCUUUUUCUAUUUUCUUUCUUCAUUCCCUUCAGGAGUGACCUGCUGUUGUGCAUUUGCGCUGAUAACUUGGAAAAAAAAUUCAGUGGCCAUACCUAAAAUUCGCUUCCUUUCGCAGUUACUGUGCAUGGCACAGUUUAAUGGAGGGUGAUCUGUGGCUGUGUUUUAGCAGAGCCAUGACUGUGCUUAAUGUUUACUGAAGAGCUUUGGUGCAAGAUGUACUUAGGAGUGUGUGUUGAUAAACUAUUAAGGGCCAGCUUUGAUAGCCUUGCCUGUGUUAUGUCUGCUAAAACAUUGCCCUUGUGAUUUAGCAUUACUUCCCAACCAAUGUCCCCUUCUAAACAGAACUUCUGUUUCUAUCAGUAAUAUGCACAAGGAAUUGAAGCCUAAAACUUUUGUCUUGUUGCAUACGCAGAGAACUGUGGGUCUGGCUCGGUAAUUCCUGCCAGCUCUUUAGUUUGGGUCUCUCACUUUGGAUGAGGCUAGACUUGCUGUCCCUUUCCCCACACGACUUAAAAGCAUGGGAACUGUAGGACCAAAAUAAGCCAUGACCCAGCUGGUCAGGCCUGCAUUUCCCUUUGCUGCUGGAAAAGCUCAACUUUGCAAUUCUGUCUUGUUCUCACAUGAGAACAAGCCAGUGCUUUCUUUAUUCCCAGAUCCUGUAUUUGGCUGUGAGUGUUACUGUAUACAUCAGAAGAAGCCAAAGAAAAUGUUAAUGUCUUGCUAACUGUAAUGCUGUUGUCUUGGUGAGGAGUGUUAUUGGCGACUUGUAGUUGCUGAGCCCUGAGAGGAUCUUGUGUUGUGGGUUGGUUUUGUUUUUCUUCAGUUUCUUUUGGAAUAUAAAUUCACUUGUGUUCAUUCAUGAAAUUAUCACAGUCAUUCAUUGAAGUCUUCCUAGGCUGUUUACUUUAACCUCCUGCAGCAGUUUGUUGCACAAGGUAAUUAUACGGAUAUAAGGUAAUCUCAUUUUAUUACUCCAGAAAUUGUGGCUUUGUUCUUGUACUCGCCAGAGGUUCAUUAAGAGUGCUGAGUGUAUCUUCUUUGCUCCAAGUCACAAAGACUUGAACUCACCGGUAUUCUGAAGAGAGUUCUAUUGCCUGCAUACCUCUGGAAAUUUCCUCCUUGCGCCUCCUAAAGUAAGGUCUUUGAGGGGAUUUUAAGCAAUGUAUAGGAUUUGGGUUGGAAAUCCCUCUUCAUUUUUAAAAAUUGCUCUUUCAGUCUCUUGGAUAAUUUGCUUUGUCUAGAGUAUUAAGAACUUAAAUCUAUCUCCUAACCUUAAAGAGCACAUCUGCAAAAUAAGCUGGCUGAGCUUACUGCUCUUUAAUCUUCAGAGGCUUUUCCUGGAAAACUUUUCUUUCCUGCUCCCAUUUUUGUAUGGGUAUUUGAAGUACUGCAGCAGCUACAAAUGGCAGAUGCUGCCUUCACCUUGUCUUUAGCUAGAACUCUUAGUUUCCCCACUUACCUGUCUUCUCAGCUCUAGCCUUCUUUGCUGAAGGUGCCUGAAAUGAGUCAUACACUGUAUAUACCAUUUGUGAAUUCUUCCUUUUUCUUGCUUCUUUCACCAUUCAGUUUUGGUGUGUGUGUAGAGAGCUGGUAGAUGGAGCCUCUUCAGCCAGAGUUGUGCUGCAUCAGAAAAGCCUACACUGACCUGGACUUGAUGGGUUGGUUUUGUUAUUACAGAGGAGGUUCUUGAUUCUUAGUCACUGAGUGAAAAUUAGUCUUGCUGGUGCAUCACCUGAUGGUGAUUCACCACUCACUCUUGUUCUGUUUGAUGGAGUCUGAGCUGCACUUCAUGGGUGUUUCUGUCUCUCUCUCUACCAAAUCUCCCUCUUUGCUGCGUAUUUCAUGAGGACUUGGAAAAUGCGCUGACUUGGAGACCUCCUUCCUAACUUGUUUUGCCUCCCAGCUCUGGGCCAGAUGGUGGGUGUGUGCCUUUGGAGCCAGCCUGAGUUGAAAGGUUGUGUUGACUUAGCACUGGGGCAGCUCUGCACAAGCCAAAUAUUUAGCUUUCCAUCUGAUAACCUGUUGGUUGUUUCCUCCCUUACAACAACCAAAUGCUUAUUUUAUUCCCAGACCAAGUUAGGGCUUCCACAGAAGUUUUGCAGCUUCUUGGCUUUUGCUGUGGCAGAUGUGAGGGUGCUGACAGGGGGGCCUCGUGACCAAGGCUUGGGUGCCAUCAUCGCUGUUCCCAGGCUCUCUUGGGAUUGUUUUUUCUUUUUGGCAUUAUGUUGGGUGAAUUGUUUACCAGCUUUGUGUCUCAGUUUUUCCAGCUGUCAAAAUGGGUGAGAAUUUUUUUUGUUGUAUUGGAGAGUUUUAAAUCAUUAUUAAUUUUUAAUUUAAAUGAAAGGCUCACACUAAGAGGAAGUAAAAAUAACCUGUAAUAACUGGGACUGUCAGUGUUCAAAGUUCAAAAGAAAACUUGUCUAUAAGGUAGUUUUGCAGAUAAUUUGCAAAGACGUUAGGAUUGCUGGACAAAUGCAAGUUUAGGGUUAUGUUGACCAUCUACAGCGACUUGAAUGAGGACAUUAGUAACCAAGAGACCUUUUUACAUUGCUUGUUUCCGUUUCAGAGACAGACUGUGCUUUGUGUCAGUGCUCUAGGGCCAUGUUGUGGGGGUGACCUGCUGCGGUUCCCCAGAAGGGAACACUGCACAGGUGGCAGGUGUGUUUCCAUAAAGCACGGACACCCAGAAUGGAAAGUCUUACUGGGAGCAUGCGUGUAGCUGAGGAGGAGGCAGGCAGGGCUCCCUCACUCACCACAGAGGCGAUGUGUUGCUUCACCCCCAGAUGUCACAUGCUGACCCGGCAGGAAAGGGCUGCUUUAAUCGAGAUGGAGAGUUGCAGUGAGAGACCUGUGGUCUUCUUGAGCCACAUUGCUGCAAGUGAGGAUGGUCACAUUUCCCUUUCUGCUCUUGAGAGUAUCUGGUUGUAGGUCUUGUGGAGCCAAGAAGAGCAUCUUAAAUGUUUUCCAGCCUCUGAGAGUUCUUGUGCCGUGGUGAAGUGAGCUUCCCGAGGGAACUGGAGGCUCAGAGUUUUCUUCAAUUAAAAAACGUUAAUGCCAUCAAAAUAACUGGCUGAGCAUUGUAGUGUUUCCAGCAAAGAGAUGGGGAAGAACCAGGCAGACUUUCCAUUCUGAUGAGUCACUGACUCUCUCCUGAUUUGCCUCUUGAAAGAGCUGUUUGGGCAGCUGCUGAUGCAGGAACAUGAUUCUGAGUGAUGGUCCCUGGGGAGCAGGACAGGGCUGCGUGCUGCUUCACCUCUCAUCUGAACUGGUGUAUAAUUCGUCUAGCUCUUUAUCAGUAAAGCCUUGCACACAGCUGUGGUUCUUGCCUGCCUUGAUCCUGCCUCAUCAGGAUAGCUGGGGAGCUGACGGGCAGGAGAGGGUGUUGGUGCAGAGAAACAAAAUGACCAAGUGGUCCUUUGCUGUGGUUCUAAAAGGAAGAACUGGAAAUCAGAGGGUCUGAUGCUUUGUUUCUGCAUCUUCUUAUAACUGUGUCACAGAUGAAAGAGCAUGGUCUGCCCUAGGACCAAGAGCUGGGCAGGACCACUGUCUGCUGCUCUGUAGCUGGUCCCCAGAUCCUGCUUGUCUGUUCUCAUGAUGCCCACAUCUGCCUAAGUGAUGAGAUCUUGAAAGUGGGUAGUUUUGGUUCUGAGGAUUUGAGGAUGAAGGGACUACAAGAAUGUGACUAAUUUUUUGAGGGAAAUUGUAGGUGAACUGGCAAGAACAAUGUGGAGUCGUAUUAAUAGACUAAAGAGGCUUGUCAGGAAGAGCUUUUAUCUUUCAUUACUCAUUUUUUCUGCAUGACUCUAUAUAAAAUAAGAUCAUUGAUGGAGUGGGUACUGCAAACAGAGAAGGGAGCCUGUAGACUUCAUUAAUACUUAAUAUGACUCAGAUGCACACAGGAAUCUUUUAUCUGUUGAAAUAAAGGGUUAUGGACACUUUUUUUCUUGUUCACAUAUUUUUCAAAGUAGAAUCAUGCCUUUGUUUUUUAAUUGAAAGGUAUAAAAAGGCUUUUCCCCAUGCCUCUCUCCUCAAAAAUGAAAGCUGUUGAUUGGUUCAAGGCCAAAAAAAGCAGACUUAGAGUCGAACUGAUCUGUAAUCUCACUGCUUUGUUUAGCUUUAUCUGUGGAGCUUCAGUUUUGUGUGGAGAGUUUUACAAAACAAAGGCAAACAAAAAAGGAAUGGUUCUUAGGCAGAUUUUGCUCUAACAGACGCCUACCUAAUUUGAUCUAACUCCAGUGAAGUAAAAGUUAUUUAAAGCUUGGCUUGAGGAACUGCCCAGUCUAUAUGUUCAUGGAUCACUGUGAAAGGGCUUAUUCAAGUGCACUUAAAAUAUGUGCACUGAUGUUAAGGAUGGCUGCGUUCCACAGGCAGUCUCUUUUACUGGUAGAAACCCUGCAUUUUACUGGUUUGCAAAACCAGAGGGUGGAAGUGCAAUUCCUUAGUGUCCAAGUGCCUGUAUUGGAGGGUGUGUGAGGCAUACUAAUGGGAUGAUACUAAUGAGACCUGUUAAAUUAUUUACGUUAAUUAUCGAAUGUGGCAUAAAAUACCUUCCACUGUUAAUAGCACUAAUUAGACCACCAACAUAUUGCAUCCAUUAUCAUAAAUAUCCUGUAGGUUGAAUUAGACUAGUUGUUUUAGCUUUCACAGUCCCUGUAGUAGUUAAAUUUGGCUUAAAAUGUCUUUCAGGUUUGUUCCUUUUUAGACGUUUUUCUCUUUUUUUUUCCUUCACUUUAGCUGCUUAUCGCAAGUCUGGAUGCCCUGAGUGAAUUCAGCGUUGUUUGUUGCUGCCCCUGCUCAUCUUGUGCAUGCAGGAGAAUUUUCUUCUGUUUAUAUUUAAUUCCUGAAAUAGAAAUAUUCCCAAAUAAAACUCUAGAACAUCCUAGAGAAAAUUGUCUGAAAGCUUUAGUGUCUUGACUAGAAAAGUAAGGAAGGCUUCAAUUCUCUGUUGUGUUGUCAUUGGAAUUAUAAUGAGAAUUUUAAAGUCUGCCAAAAUACGUUAUUUUCCUCCAAACCCAAAUUGUCCAUUGUUUGCUUUUCUUUUAUGCAUUUUCACAGCUCCUUUUCCUUUCCUCUCGCCCCCCCCCCCCACUCCAGGAUCUCCUUUGUUUUGGUGUGGUUUUGUUGUUUUGGUUUGGUUUUUUUUGGGUUUUGUUUUUUGGGUUUUUUUGCAAGUGAUCUUUGUAUGUAUAUGUAGAAAGCAUUCAUCUUUUGAAACGUCUUGGGUUUUUGUUGAAAAUUUGAGAAUUGGUGUCCUGGUUUCAACCACAACAAUUGGUUAUUGGAGUAGAGAUGAAGGAUGGCAAAUUUUAAUACAAAGGAUAAUUCUUUGAGGGAGUUUUUUAGAAUAGUUCUCCUGCACACUGUGUUCAUGGUGACAGUGGUGUGACUCAUUGAGGAAACUUCCUGGUGUUUCUGCCAGCUGUGAUUUCUCAUGAUUUUAAAGGAGGUGAUAACUGAAUUAUAAAUAGAUGAUAGCUUCCAUCUGUAGAUUUCAAAGCUAGAUCUAGAGUUUCCCAGGAGGUGGGGCUGCUUUUUUGGACCUUGGGUUGGUUCUGGAUAUGAUAUUUUUCUGAAAGGGCAACUGAUUAAUCUCCAGACUCACAGACCAAAGUCCUUGUAGUGAGGUGCUCGUUCAGUGUCUUGUUUCUGUACAUCACAGGUGCUUGGAGUGACUUGCAGAUUUACACUCCAGUUCAGUCCCUCACUUGCUUGUAUCUGCUAGCCAUCAGAAACUUAGCUGACUGCCGAAAUCCUUGCAGUGUCAUGUGGGAGACCAAUGGAAUAGAAGCAAAACUGUAUGGGAAGUGAGUGCCAGAGAAUCCACCACUGUUAGUGAUAUUCGGAGUUUCCCAGCCUCUGUCGUACUAGUUCAUUUUAAGGAACUGAUAGAUUUAAAUGUGUUGUUAAAAAUAAAGAAAUAUUUAUAAGCCUACCGUUAAAUUAUUUUUCUUUGAAGGGCUGGGUCAUGUGAUCACCUAUACAUGCAUUUCAAGUAGAUGCAUAACAUGUGUGUUUUGCUGCACUACUGUGCUAACUAAAACCACUUUUAAAGGACCUCCUACUUUCAUGUCAGUCGGGCUUUCUUAGCACAGAAGGAAGCUGAACCAUCCAGCUCCCAUGGAGACCAGCCUGUUUAGACCUCUGCCAGACCUGUUUUGAGGGCAUCCAAAUUACCUACCAGCAUCAGAGGCUGUCAAGUAACGUGUUGGAUGGUUAAAAAGACCUGUGAAGUUCUAAUAGCUCCACCACAACAUGGAGAGGGCUCUCCCCAGGCUUGCUUUGAAAUGAAACACACAGUCGUGUCGUCUCCAGCACUGCGGAUGCUCAGUGGUGCUUUCCAGCCAGCAGGAAGUGCUAGCAGUCACUGAUGUCUGAUUUAAGCAUCCCCUUUUUAAAGAUACACUGUCAGUGGUGUUCAUUCUGCAUGUGCAAAUAGAGGCUGAUCUGGUGCCACUGAAAUGGCACAGUGUUUUAGGGUGGUGAUGGCUGUCCCACAGAGCUCUGAGUGUAUGAGAGUGACUUCAUUUUGCAUGAAUUUGCUUGGCUGCAGCGUGAGCUAGGUGAACAGCAGUUUGCACCUUAGCUAAUGUUUCUGCCUCCUUUGCAGACUUGGGAAGGCUUUUGGAUCCUUGUCUGGGUCUCAGGGCACAGCCUGCCGGAGGCACUGGAAGCGGACUGGUUCCUGGUCAUGCCCGGUGGAAGGAGGGGACCCAGCCGGCAACAGCUAAGCCGUUCAGCUUUGCCUUCUCUCCAGACGCUGGUUGGCGGGAGCUGCGGAAACGGUACUGGUUUGAGAAACAGGAAUGGUAGUGCCAUCAGCCUCUCUGCGCCUCCGAUCACAGCGCUGAUUACUCCAGAGCCUGUGCGUCACUGCCGGAUCCCUGAACUGCCGUUGGAUGGGAGCCUUCUCUUUGAAUUCCUGUUCUUCAUCUACCUACUGGUAGCCCUCUUCAUUCAGUACAUCAACAUCUACAAGACUGUCUGGUGGUACCCAUACAAUCACCCUGCUUCCUGCACCUCACUGAAUUUUCACCUCAUUGACUACCACCUGGCGGCGUUCAUCACAGUGAUGCUGGCACGGAGGCUGGUGUGGGCCCUCAUCUCUGAGGCCUCUCAGGUGGGUGCGACAUCAGUGGUUCACUACAUGGUGCGCCUGGCGCUGCUCACCCUCUGUGGAUGGGUGCUCUGCUGGACUUUGGUCAACCUCUUCCGCAGCCAUUCUGUUCUCAACCUUCUCUUCCUGGGCUACCCGUUUGGUGUCUACGUCCCUCUGUGCUGCUUCCACCAGGACAGCAGAGCACAGCCUCUACCUGCAGACUGUGGAUACUUGGUACAGGACCAGGUGGCGGAUGAUGGGGCUUCAGCUGUCAGCAGCCUGGUCAAAGAUUUCUUCUCACUUCUAUGGGAAUCCCUGAGAGAACAGUUCAAUAAUCCUACGUCUAUCCCCACCCACAGCUGCCCCCUUUCCCCAGAUCUCAUCCGCAAUGAGGUGGAGUGCCUAAAAGCAGACUUCAACCGCAGGAUCAAGGAAGUUCUCUUCAACUCUCUCUUCAGUGCCUACUACGUGGCAUUCCUGCCACUGUGUUUUGUGAAGAGCACCCAGUACUACGACAUGCGCUGGUCCUGUGAGCACCUCAUCAUGGUGUGGAUCAAUGCCUUUGUCAUGCUCACCACUCAGCUGCUGCCUCCCAAGUACUGUGACCUGCUCCACAGGUCAGCUGCCCACCUUGGAAAGUGGCAGAAACUAGAACACGGUUCCUACAGCAAUGCUCCACAGCACAUCUGGUCAGAAAACACAAUAUGGCCACAAGGAGUUCUGGUGCGACGGAGCCGAUGCCUGUAUAAAGCAGUUGGGCCUUACAACGUAGCAGUGCCUUCAGAUGUGUCCCAUGCCCGCUUUUACUUCCUUUUCCACCGUCCAUUACGGCUGCUCAACCUGCUGAUCCUCAUUGAAGGCAGUGUGGUUUGCUACCAGCUCUACUCCCUGCUGCGCUCAGAGAAGUGGAACCACACCCUCUCCAUGGCCCUCAUCCUUUUCUGCAAUUAUUAUGUCUUAUUUAAGCUCCUCCGGGACCGGAUAGUAUUAGGCAGGGCAUACUCCUACCCACUUAACAAUUAUGGACUCAAGGCACACUAGGCCGGCCAAAUGUGUACCCCCUUCUCUUUUUCUUCCCACAGGGCAGGGAGGGAACCUCAGAAAAAAAAUAUUUUCGUACAGUUCUAUUUUUUUCUUGCGGCGUUUAUAAAUAUUUAAAAUAUUUUAUAUUUUGUAUACUAUUGUUUUUGUGGGGCGGGAAGGGAACCAGUGGCAAUUAAAUGUCGCUUUAUAAACAAGGUGUUAUUUUAUAUAUCUAUAAAAGCAAAAAAAAAGUGGAUGUGUAUA